AGCCAACGGAAACAAAAUUACACAUUGACCAAAAUAACCUUAAAAGGGCUAUUCAUCACGUCUCCCGCCCUAUUCUUCAACUCAUCGCACAAACACACCGAACAGAACACGCAGACACAAAUCGCAGAAUCUGUUAUCGCUUCCCGUUUUGAAGGCCUCCAAUGGAUUCCAAGCCCUCAAAUUUCAUUGAUCAACAAGUUGUUCCCGGAGAUGUAGUAUUGGAUCUUUCGACUAUGAGUAAUCAGACAAUUAAGCUUGGAAGUGGCCUCCGUCAGGAUGGUGAUACUGUAGCAGUGAUAAAGGCGGGAAUUCUUAGGUUUUCAAAACCUAAUAAAUACUGGGUUGAAAGCUCUCAUAAGAGGUAUGUCCCUUGCGCUGGAGAUACAGUCCUUGGGAUUGUUGUGGAUACUAGAUCAGAUAACUUUCUCGUGGACAUUAAAGCAUCAGCGGUAGCUUUUUUACCAGUUCUUGCGUUUGAAGGAGGAACAAGGAGAAACAUUCCCAAAUUUGAGGCAGGUACACUGAUUUAUGUUCGUGUUGUGAAGGCAAAUAUUGGCAUGAACCCUGAGCUUUCAUGCAUGGAUGCUUCUGGAAAAGCUUCAGGAUUUGGCCCUCUUAAAGAUGGUUAUAUGUUUGAAUCUUCAACUGGCUUAUCACGAAUGUUGUUAAGCACUCCAACAUGUCCGAUACUAGAGGGUUUAGGGAAAAGGGUAUCUUUUGAGGUAGCAGUUGGUUUAAAUGGCCGUGUUUGGGUAAAUGCAGAAUCCCCAGCUGAAAUAGUUCUGGUUGCAAAUGCAAUCAUGAAAUCUGAGUCUUUGAGUGCAGUGCAGCAGAAAAUUUUGGUUGAGGGACUGCUUAAGAGGGCUAAGUGAUGAAAAUUAUUCCAAAUGGUAUGUACUUCCAUUUUCCAAUUAACUUGCAUUGACAUUAUCAAGCUGUAUGGGUUUUACAAGGAUAAACAUAUAAGGAUCCUAUACUAUCUAGUUUUACGUUUGAUGCACGGGCCAUUGUUGCUUGUUAUUUUAAAGAUCUGUCAGUCGGUGCGAUCUAUAAUUCAGUUAUUGUAAAGGAUGCUUGUUUGCAAUUGGAGGGAAUUUGAUCUUACAAAUUCAAAGCUCGCUCAUGACUUUGCAUCUGAAUAUUUGUUUUUUUGGAAAGCAACUUUACACCAUAAUAGGUCUUUGUGUCGGGGAUCUGUAACCAAAUAUUUAACUCUGAGAAACUUUACGUUACAAUAUAACAUUAUCUAUAGUUUGUAAUACAGAGACAAAGAUUUGUGAUUAAAUAGUGUCCUAGUUAUAUUAAAGUUCUCAGUUUGAUUUUGUUUGGAAUAUUUCUCUUUUGGAGAUGUUUAAAGUUCAUCAAGAGCACAAAUUUUAGUUGAGUUCUUAACUUGAACAUCGAGAAGAGUUCAGGCUGUGGGGCUGUUCUUUUGAUUAUACUCAUGAAACUCCAAACUAUGCUUCUAUUUAGUUUCUUUCCUUGUCUAAUGCAUGUUUCUUUUUCCUUGUUUCAUCAUCUAAAGUUGAGUUGGUUUGAAACUCAGCUGAACUUGUAGGUAUAAGGGGAUCUGGUGACUGUGCGGCAUAUGUGACGGCAUUAUGAAGAUCUGAUUGAUGAGAUAGUUAACUGAAAGAAACUGAAGAUGAACAAAAGCAGAGGAGAAUGUUAAAGUAUUUUUUUUUCCUUUCAGUAGGCACUCAUUGAUGUGCGUAUUCUGUAUUUUAGAUUCCCGGAAAUGUAUCCUACUGUAGAAUCUGAUGCUUUCUUUUCUUGGUCCACUAGUUGUUUUGUUGGGGCAUCCAAAAUCCUGCUCUCAUUUUCCUUCUUUAUUGUUGAAAAUUAUUUGAUCUGGUGUUUGUUAGGAUAUAAUUUCGUGUCAGAUAGUAGGAGCAAAUUGAUCUGUAUUCAAAAUUUGGCAUUGCUUAUGCAGACAAUUAUAUGCACAACCCAGUCAUUCAAUAUAUAUUUUGUAAGUAGCA